CUUAACAAUUAUCUUCAUGCUUGUAUAUUACAGCUUUUGUCUGCGUUUGUAGGGAAUGAUGAUGAUGAUGGAGAGACAGUUCAAGUUGUGCCAGAUAUCCGGCCUAUUGUUAAGGCAGCUGCUCAAUCACAGAUGGAGGCAGCAAUGGAUGCCUUAUCACGAGACCUGAGCAAAUUAAGGACAGGAAGGGCAUCAGCAGGAAUGCUUGACCAUAUUAUUGUGGAAACGGGUGGUGUAAAGAUGCCCUUGAGUCAUUUAGCCGUUGUUUCUGUCAUAGAUUCGAAAACCCUCUCAGUAACAGCUUAUGAUCCAAAUACCCUAAAAGAGUUGGAACAUGCCAUUGUUUCAUCUCCUUUAGGUUUAAAUCCAACGUUGGAAGGCCAAAGACUGAUUGCUGCUAUCCCACCAUCGACUAAGGAACACAUGCAGGCAAUGUGCAAGGUGGUUGCCAAAUCUGCUGAAGAGGUUAAGCAAAGUAUAAGAAGGGCACGUCAAAAGGCAUUGGAUUCAAUAAAGAAAGCAGGGUCAAGUAUCCCAAAGGAUGAUGCAAAGAGAUUUGAGAAAGAAAUGGACGAAAUGACAAAGAAGUUUGUCAAAUCAGCAGAGGAAAUGUGCAAAGCAAAGGAGAAAGAGAUCCUUGCAGGUUAAAUUGCAAGUGAUUGCAUUUCAUAGACUCCAUAUCCAUGAUCUCUGACCAAUCUGUGUGUUGAAAGCAACUCAUCUUUUACAGAGACUUCAGGAACAUGAAUUUUUGUGAAUUGUUUUCUAAAUUCUUUUAAGAGUAUGGGCAUUUCGAAAUCAUUGGAAAAUGCCCCUACUCCCAUCUUUGAUGGGAUUUUGAGUUGCUUUUAUGAUAAAGCUCGUAGAAGCAUACCAUAUGGCAGAUAUUUUUUUUUUUUUAGUGAGUAUCCAUUUGUAACGACGAUCUCCAUUAUUGACAGUAUUUGAGCACCUAAUAAGUAAGUUUAUGGCCUCCAUGAUCAA